CAAGUACAAAACUCGAGCGUAGCGUAAGCUUCACCUUGACUGCUUCCCUCACACAGAUCACUUGGCUAACUCCGGUCAGACUUCUUUCACAAUGCCUUCCCAAAUCGCACAGCCUACCCCCAUCUCGGUUCCUCGCCCGAACCUCGGCGUCAUGACCUCGCAAGAUCUUUUCGCGACUGUCAAUGCUUCCUUCAGCAAGAACACCCAGCCGUCAACACCCAGUCACACCAUCCAAGAGCACGACUACUCGGUGCCAGCUCCUCCUCCUCCAAGCCCCGUCAGCUUCCGGGAUCAUCAUUGGCCAUCCACCGUCCGCCGUUAAGUCAGCUCCGGCUGUUCUUUUCUUGGGUCGCGGGUCGAGCACCAGAGCUUGUCUCAUUUCAAGGGAGGCCGCAUAGGCCGUAAUCGGGAGGCUCUUGUACACAUACACUGUAUCACUUCAUCACCGUCUUCGUCGCACCAGCAAGCAAGCAUUCUUAUUUCGUCAAGGUCGAAAGCUUCUCAGCGAGAGAACCUUUGUUGUUGUCUUUUUCUUUUUUCCACGGUACAUGGGCAACACAAAAAUCACUUGGAGUCACGGCGGGGAUGUAAUGGAGUAAUGGGAAUGGGCGCACACAAAAAUGGUUGAGGAAAGGCCUUCGUCGUCUUUGGUUCUUCGGUUACGAAACAUCCUUAUUACAUCGCACACAAAAAUUCUCGCGAGGAUAAUGGUCCUUCAUGGCGGACAAAUACAAGCUGUGUUUUAGUCUAAUACUACAAAACGUACCUCAGUUCGA